AUGGCUGCCAUUGGGGCUAAGUUUGCCCGGUUCAUACCGAUGAUCGGGUACCACCACGUGCUUAUGAUUAUAAUCGCCGUCGCUAUCAUUCUUCUCUCUCUACUAUUGGCGGGUUGCUCGUCAUCUUCGCCGCAAAUCCCCGACAUCUUUUUGAUCUCGAUGUACUACACGCGCUACGACCCGGUGUUUAACCUCGCGCAAGUUGACCCUGGCGUGGUGACCGCAACGGCCAACAUUGUGGGAGGAGCAGAGAUGGAGGUCCGUGUGGGAUACUUUGGUAUCUGUGUGUCGCCGGAUAGCGGGUCUUACAUCUGCAACUCCAAUGCGACUGCGCUGGCAGAGAUCGUUACGGUCGACCAAGACCCAUUGAACUUGAUCUGGGUCGCUUCGACAUUCAAAGACGCCGUGGUCUUCCCUUACCUACUGAUCAUCGCGGUCAUUCUCGCCUUUUUCUGCUUCAUCCUUCUCGCCACGUUCCCCGGAUGGCACGAGGAAACCGACGCCACCGGCUCUGAACGGGAGGUGAAACCGUUCCCAUCACGACCCGUCUCCCAAGCCGCUCUUGCGCUCAUCUUUAUCGCGUCCGUCUUCGUGCUAGUAUCGGUGCUAUGGCAACACACGGCGUCCGUGGCCGCCAGUACGAUCGCCCAGGAUAUGGGCAAUGGCAGUGUCAAGAGUGGUGUGGGCACGUCCGCGAUGGUUCUGGGUUGGUUCGGAUUCGGUCUCAUGGUCGUGGUGACCAUCGGAUUACUGGUCAUGAUUCUCAGCAUCAAACUGAUACGACAAUUGACGGAUGAAGACUAG